UCAGGUCCACGCCUUCAGAAGUGCCAGGCAUUUAAGUUCAUCUGCAAUGAGAAACAAGUUUGAGUUUCCUGUGGACACAUGAGUCACUGCGUCAUCAAUGGACGCAAUGGACACAGAUGCCAGCAGCUGCCCAGAGAACAGCCAGAAACAAGACUUUGACCAGAAGAUUUUCGUGAACAGAAGUCUGACGUUAGAAAACGUCAAGUGCUAUGGCUUUGACAUGGACUACACACUGGCAGUCUACAAGUCUCCUGACUACGAGAGCCUGGGCUUUGAGCUGAUAAGAGACAGAAUGGUGUCGAUUGGUUAUCCUCACGAGAUUCUGCGUUACACGUAUGACCCCAGCUUCCCCACACGUGGUUUAGUGGUUGACACCACAUAUGGGAACCUCCUGAAGGUGGACUCCAAUGGAAACAUUCUCGUCUGUAGUCAUGGCUUCCUCUUCCUCAAAGGCGAUGAAAUCAACAACUAUUAUCCCAACAAAUUCAUUCAACGAGGCGACACUGACCGCUUCUACAUCCUCAACACACUUUUCAAUCUGUCAGAGACGUAUCUCUACGCUUGUCUCGUGGACUUCUUCACCAGAUGCAACAGAUACACAAACCUCCUGAAAGGUUACCAGCACGGCGACUUGUUCAUGUCUUACAGAACAAUGUUUCAGGACGUUCGAGACGCGAUGGACUUCAUUCACAACAGAGGAAUCCUCAAAGAGAGAACCAUUAAGAAUUUGGACAAGUAUGUUCUCAAAGAUGCAAAAAUCCCUGUGCUCUUGUCUCGGAUUAAAAAAGUGGCCAAGCUCUUUAUUGCCACUAAUAGUGACUACAAGUACACCGAGGCUAUUAUGAAAUACCUGCUUGAAGGUUCUGUGAAGCCUGCAAGUCCCAAAGUUAGCUGGCGCUCCUUCUUCGACCUCAUUGUUGUGGACACCAAGAAGCCGCUGUUCUUCGCCGAGGGCACUGUGCUGAGACAAGUGGACACGGACACGGGAAAGCUUCGGAUCGGGACGUACACUGGCGACUUACAGCAUGGGACUGUUUACUCAGGAGGAUCCUCGGACAUGGUCUCUGACCUGCUGGAUGUCAAAGGUAAAGAAAUCCUCUACGUUGGAGACCACAUCUUUGGUGACAUCCUCAAAUCUAAGAAACGUCAGGGCUGGAAGACUUUCCUGGUCGUGCCGGAACUCACCAAAGAGCUGAGCGUGUGGGAGGAGAAGAAAAAUGUGUUUGAUGAACUCAAACGUCUCGACGUCUUCUUGGCUGAACUUUACAAACACCAUGACAGCGGCAGUCGAGAGUGUCCAGACAUCAGUGCCAUUCAGACACGGAUGAAGGUGCUGACCCGCAGGAUGGACAUGGCGUACAGUCAGAUGGGCAGCCUCCUGCGCAGCGGCUCCAGACAGACGCUGUUUGCCAGUCAGCUGAUGCGUUACGCAGAUCUUUACUCCUCCACCUGCAGUAACCUGCUGCACUACCCCUUUAAUUACCUCUUCUUGGCUCCACCAGUCCUGAUGCCUCAUGAAGUCGCAACUCAGAACUACGACUUUGAUUCGUCACAGAUACCCACAGUCACCAAACACACCAUCGGAAACUGAGUGACAAAGACAAGAUGAGAGAGGAACAUGUGAAGACAACACAGAGAUUUUAUCACAGACAGUUCUCACUUUUGAAGGCGGCUACAUUUAUCCUGGAGCAGGGGCGUGCAUAGAUGUUUCAGGUGGGGGCUCGAGGGAAAAAAGGACACCCCCAAAAAUACAAUUUUCGAGCAUUAUUACUCACUUUUAAUUGAGAAUUAAUAAUAAUUAAACGGGACACAUUAAAAAGUAUAAAUCCAACCAUUUUCUACUGAUUUAGCCUCUACUUAAGCCCACAUUAGAAAUUAACGUAUGAAAUUAGAAGUAUUAAUAAUGAUUCAAGAUGACUUUAAAAAAGGAGGUCAAAAGGGCAGGUGCUUGAGCGCCACCUGGGGUCUGUCUGUUGUCUUAUGUCUCUAAAAACAACUAAAGCACUGCUUCAACUACUGGAUAUGGAACGCAAUAACAUGUAACGUUUACCAGACUAACUCAUACAUUUUAUUAUUCUAACAAAAAACGAGAUUAUACGAGUGCAAUGUUUGUUUUUUUUCCUUCAUGUGUAUUUUUUGGUUUUCUGAUGUAGAUGAGUUUGUGUAACUGUUUUUAUGAACUAACUUUACUUACUUACUUACUUGUUUGAGCAUUUCUCUGUGGAAUUAAUUUAAUAAACCUUCGUAUUAUUUAGUUCUUGUCGUCGUCGUCGCUGAAGCACAAUGACUUUCACAACGUGUGCAGGUGUGUAAGGUGACGAAAACAAGUCCCUCAAACACAUGCACAGUCUUCAGUGGGUUGCGUUAGAUCCUUAUGAAAGCUAAGGGAUACGGAGAGAAAGAAAGUAAAUAUUUAUUUUAUUUCAUUCUUGAAAGAUAAUAGAUAAAAGAACCAUUACAAAUGAACAAUAAUUAAUCCAAAACAAGAAUGAAAAAGAGCAGAAAGAACAUCAAUCUGACCUUCUUUUUAUUUACAAUAACAAUAAAGUAAUGUUAAGUGAACAUGAGCUCCUUUAAGAGUAACUUAAAGGAGCUCUACUUCUUUAACAACUGUUUAUUUUGUAGAAAGUCGUUCCAGUAAAGACUGACUCUGUUUUCUACAACACCAUCACAAUCAAGGACAUGCAAACAAUAACCUGUUUAAGCAGGAGAGUAAAUAAAACCUGAGCAGCAACAACUAAAAAUAAAAGUUCCCUUUAUGGUGUCUUUUUCUGCACUAUAGGUGUUGUCCACUGGGUGGCAGUAAAUCACCUCUACAGCAGACCUGCAGGUUAAUUUACAGUUAAUGUGUGAACUGAAUAAAGGAAAAAAGAAUAAUUUAAAUCAUUGCAAACAAGCUUUAACAUCUCCCUGAAUAAUUACUUUAAUACACAUUUUCACACAAAUCUCUGUGUUAACAGUGGAAUAAAGUAAACAAUGUUGUAGAUGCUUCACCUAAAAAAACAACUAUAUUUCUGUUUAUUUUUUUUAAAGUUUAUUCGGCUCUUGGGACAAACAAAUGCUCAGCAGCGUCUUCACUCAUCAAACAUUUUUUUUUUAAAAAGCAGUAAAAAGCACCAAAAAAAUGUGAUAUUUGUGCUGCUUUUAACACGUGAACCCUGGUAUGCGCUCGCACACACACAUGGAAACACACACAAACCUGUGAAUUAUUGUGGGACACACACUCUGUAUUUAUCUCUUGUUCUCUCUCGUUGGUUCAGACAGUCCUUCUCCCAUGAGAGCUAAACCUUUAUCAAGAGACAGCAGAGAGGAAUGUGUUCUCUCUCUCUCUGUCCCUCUUUCCUUUUCUUCCUCUCAUUCUCUCUCCACACACACACACACACACACACACAUCAUAUUGUAUUAUAUCAGUGCUCACAUGUGUUUAUAUAUAAGCUGUGAAUUUUUUUUCCCCCUCACAGGAAAUGAUGCAUUGUUCUGGUGGAGCUUAAGUGUGAAAAUCAUCACAGUUUUCCUGCUGUGCUCUCAUUUACAUCCGACUGCAUGUAUAUAUGUAUAUGGUACAUGCUUCUCACACCACUCUGCAGCUGAAAAUUAAGAGAAAUGUCAGCCAUCACGCUUUAACCCUUUAAUUUACUUCCCUCUUAAGCCAUUGGAGGACAAAGAUGUCCACUUCCAAAAACUGCUAUAAAACUAAGUACAGAUUCAUAUUUCUUUCCACUUUCCUUUGCUUAAUCUUUUAAUCAACUUCAGUCCUGAUCAAAACUAUCAAAUGUCUGUAUUGUAUAAUGUAUGUAUAAAUGUAUGGAUUUUAACCGUUUAAAUGCCAGUUUGACGACUUGAUGCUAAUAUUUUGUAUGGAAAAACUUAAGCAUCAAGUACUUAAACUGACAUUUAAAGUGUUAAACUCCUCAAAAAUGAUUGAAUGUUUGGUAGUUUUGAGCAGGACUGAAGUUCAUUAAGAUAUUUAUGCAGAAAAAAAGCUAUUAAAAAAGAUAUUAAUCUGUAAUGUUUUCAUAAUUGGAAGUGGACAUUUUUGUCCUCUAAUGACUUCAGUAAAAAAAACAAAUUCACAGUAGUCUACUGAUCUAUAAGAAGAAUUUUAAUUUGAAGAGAGAGACUUUCUUACAAAAAAUGGGCCAUACACACAGGACAAAUUUGCCCAAAUGGACAAAAAUGUCCAACUUAAAAGGUCCAGUGAGUAAAACUUGACACCUGAUUGUAUGAGCUUCAGGAUCAGAUCAGGAGCCAUGUCAGCUCUACAGAGGACGCCAUUUUGGACCACCAUGUUUUUACAGUAGCCCACAGUGGACAAACUUAACAUUCUUUUCAGUUUUGAUGAUGUUAACUGAAGGCUACAAAGUCUCUCCAACACACUUGGGAGGGAAAGGUGAGGUGAAAGAUAUUCAAGUUUCUAAAUCUUACACACUGUGUGCCUUUACCUUCUGCCGGUGGAAGUCUUUAGACCGUGUCAAACUUCCUGCAGCAAAGUUUUUGCUCUUUAUAUAAAUAAAUAAAACAUGACAGGAAGUCCAAAUUAGGAAACACCCUCAUGCAUUCAUUGGCACCGCCUCCUUGUGCACACGUUACCUCGAUGAUUUCAUUUCCUGAAUGACGGCUAUUUCAGUUUAUUUGGAUUUCCCUUGUCUUUGUCUGCUUGUCACCUGGAUUUAUUGUUGUCUGGUUCUUUUUUUUAAAAUACAAAGAUUUUGCCUUGUUUGUUUUUUUUGCAUUUUAUUCACUUUGUGGUGUUUUGUUUUCUCACCUGCACAACCCCCCACCUCCAUCUGUCUAAUGUCUUUAAUCUUGUUUGUUUUUAGAUCAAUUAUUCAGUUUGAUGUUUCCCAGUGCACAGGAAAUAACCUCACUGCUUCUCAUAUCUGAUGUGUAAUGACAAAUAAUAAUAACAUCUAUCAGUGUUUUGCACA